AUUUCCGGUUUUUCUGCCGCUGACUUCCGGUUUUGCUUCGAGUUUCGAACCCGGUCUUUUGAAGAUGGCGGAAGACUUCGGUUUCUUUUCGUCGGACAACGGUACCACGGGCAGCGCUGAGGAGGAUCCGGCCGCUGCCUUCCUGGCACAGCAGGAGAGCGAGAUCGCCGGCAUCGAGAAUGAUGAGGGUUUCAGUAUCUUGGACGGUGGUGAGGUGCCGCCGGCCUUGCAGGUUCACUCCUCUCACGAAACUGGAGGUGGAUUUGAAGAAGGCCUGACUGCAGUUAAUGGUGAAGUAUACCAGGAGUCAAAUUGCCCAAAUGACAGUUAUGCUGCAAUAGCUCGAGCGGAUCGCUUGAGCCAAGAACCUGAGAGCAUUCGAAAAUGGAGAGAAGAGCAGAUAACUCGCCUAGAAAAUCUCGAUGCUGCUUCUCGAAAAGCAGAAAUGGAAUGGAAAGAAAAGGCAAGAAAGGAACUAGAAGAAUGGUAUGUUCGACAGAAUGAACAGUUGGAAAAAAUAAAAAAGAAUAACAGGAUCGCUGACGAAGCUUUCUACAAACAAUCCUUCGCUGAUGUAAUAGGCUACGUAGCUGCUGAAGAGGCCUUUAUCCAGGAUUCUAACGAAGAUUCACCUGGAACAGAAUGGGAGCGAGUAGCACGUCUUUGUGAUUUCAAUCCCAAAACCAACAAGCAGUCAAAGGAUGUAUCGCGUAUGCGUUCUGUACUGAUAUCACUUAAACAGUCACCAUUAGUCCGCUAGACAGAUGUUAAUAACACUAUCAUGUGGGCUUCCUUACUGGCUCUUUGGAUCCCACAAUGACGGCCAUUAGAAUAGAAGGAUGAGUGUUAGUCAUUCCUGUUUGGACCAAACCAUUGUAAAUUACCAGAUCUGAAAUGUUUAUGAUUUUUCCUCUUUGAAUUGUUUGUGGUUCAUUGUCCAAUAACUCAAGUAAUUGGCAGUCCUUUAAACAAUUCCCUUCACUCCAGAAUUUCAAUGUUUAACUUUCUCAAUUACUGAUAUCCCUACACUGUCCUUGUGUUGCAUCACAUGACUAUUUAUGCAUGAAUUAUGAGUGCAAUCUAUUGGCCUUUGUUUAAAAAUCAUGUUGACUACACUUAUGCAUUAAAGGUUACAUAUUAAAA